AGCUCAAAAUCUAGGUCGGCCAGUCCAGUAAAGAGAAAAAAUUUCAGCGUUUCUGCGUCAAGAUCGAAAACUCCACGCAGACAAAAGCAUUCCAAAAAAAGUUCUCCAACAAGAUCGAGGAGUCGAAGUUAUGGAAAGCACAGCAGAUUUCGAUCACGUACACGGAGAGAGUCUUAUGAUGCGAGAAGAUUACAUUCCAGAAAAAGAUACAACAAAAAGUCUCCCAAUGGAUCACCUCCGUCAAAACGAAGACGCAUGGGUGAUAGGGAGAAUCCUAAGGAAUGCAAAUGCUUAGGAAUUUUUGGGAUGAGUUUUUACACAAAUGAACAAACGCUUCGUGAUGUGUUCAAGAAAUAUGGCCCGAUUGAUAGGAUUCAAAUAAUAUAUGACCACUAUAAUUCAAGAUCUCGAGGAUUUGCUUUCGUCUCAUUCAAACAUAUUGAUGAUGCUGUAAAUGCGAAAAAGGAUGCAUCUGAUAUGGAAAUUGAUGGUCGUAGGGUCAGAGUUGAUUAUUCGAUAACUGAGAGAGCACACACGCCAACACCAGGAACAUACAUG